GUGUGCUGACUUAACAUGUUGGAGCGUUACCAAGUCAACGAAUGAAAAUCAAAUAAAAGAAGAGCUUGAUCGGGAUUGUUCCUUGCUUGCAUUGGCAGUGGCGAGAUGAGUUACUCCACGAAAAAGCACGACGUGUUCGUGAGCUUCAGAGGGGAGGACACACGAACCAACUUCACUAGCCAUCUUUACAAAGCUCUCGAAGAUAAAUCAAUCGGAGCUUACAUAGAUCGCCAGCUAGACAGAGGAGAAAGUGUCUGGCCGGCACUUGCCAAAGCAAUUCGGGACUCACAUGUCUCAAUUGUUGUUUUCUCUGAAAACUAUGCUUGUUCCAAAUGGUGUCUGGAAGAGCUGGUGAAAAUUCUUGAAUGCAGAAAAGAACUGGGUUUGGUAGUUAUACCUGUCUUUUACAACAUAGAUCCAUCAGACAUAAGGAAUCAGAAGGGUACUUACGAGAAGGCAUUGGCAGAACUGUUGGAAUCCGAUGAAGAGAAAGGGCCAAAGUGGAAAGCUUCUCUCACUGAAGCAGCCAAUAUAUCUGGAUGGGACUCUAGGACACAUAGGGACGAAGCUCAUGUCAUUGAGAAUGUUGUCAAUGAUGUAUUGCAAAAGCUUCAUCUGCGAUGCCCUACUGAAUUAAAGGGCCCUGUUGAAAAUGAAGAAAAUUGCAGAAAUGUAGAAUUAUUACUAAAAUCAUGUAGGGUCAUUGGAAUUUGGGGUAUGGGUGGAAUUGGCAAGUCCACCAUUGCUAAAAUCUUGUUUGCUAAACACUUUCCCCAAUAUGACCAUGUCUGCUUUGUGACCAAUGCAAAAGAAUAUUCGCUAGACAAGCUUUUCUCUACCAUAUUGAAGGAGGAGGUUUCCGCAAAAAAUGUCGUAGGGUCAUCGUUUCAUAUGAGGAGACUCAGAAGUAAAAAGGUUUUCAUUGUACUUGAUGAUGUUGACAUGGAUAGUUUUGAGCCAUUGGAGUAUUUAUGUGGGGUGUAUGAAGGCCAGCAUAGUGAUAGUAAACUCGUUAUAACAACAAGAGAUAGGCAAUUGCUUGUUGGAAGGGUUGAUGCGAUAUACGAGGUUCAGAAAUGGAAGAAAACAGAAUCUCUGAAGCUUUUUUGCUCAGAAUCCUUUAAGAAAAGUUAUCCCGAAGGAGGUUAUGAGAGUCUCUCAGAAAGUGCAGUUGAAUAUGCUGGUGGCGUUCCAUUUGCCCUUAAAGUUUUGGGUUCAUAUCUUCGUUCAAAAGGUAUCAGUUUUUGGGAAAGUACUAUAAGAAAACUCAGCUUGUAUCCUAACGAGAGAAUUCAGAAAGUGUUGGAAAUGAGCUACACUGGAUUGCAUGAUCUAGAAAAAAAUAUUUUUCUAGACAUUGUAUUUUUCUUUAGAGAAAAACAGGAAGAUCAUGCCACACGGAUACUAGAUGCCUGUGGUUUUGAAGCAACUAGUGGAAUAGAAGUUCUCGCAGACAAAUCUUUGUUAACAAUUUCAUACACAAAUAUAAUACAAAUGCACGACUUGCUGCAACAAAUGGGUUUGGAGAUUGUACGUCAAGAAUGUAGAGCAGAUCCUGGCAGACGUAGUCGCUUGAAGGAUAAUGAAGCUCGUGAAGUGAUUGAAGAAAACAAGGGAACUGAAGCAAUUCAAGGAAUAGAACUGGAUUUGUCUCAAGUUAAAAAUUUACGUUUGCGUUCUGACACAUUGACGAAGAUGAAAGCCUUAAGAUUUCUGAGAUUCUAUAACUCCUCUGGUCAGAGUUCUUGGAAUACAUACCUCGACCUUCCUGCAACUCUUGAGCCGUUUUCUGAUAAACUAAGGUACACUGAGUGGAUUGGAUACCCUUUUGAGUGUCUUCCAUCACCUUUUUGUGCAAAGUUUCUUGUUGAGAUUCACAUGCAACAUGGCAAAGUUAAACAACUUUGGCAGGGAAUCCAGGAACUAGAUAACUUAGAGGGAAUUGACCUAAGUGGAUGCAAACAGUUUGAAGAGCUUCCAGAUUUGUCUAAGGCGCCAAGACUUAAAUGGGUGAAUCUCUCAUGUUGUGAAAGUUUGCGGUAUCUUCACCCGUCUGUUUUAUCCUCGGCCACGCUUGUUACUUUGAUACUGAAUGGGUGUACAAAACUCGAGAGUGUUAAAGGUGAAAAGCGUUUAAAAUCUCUAGAGAAGAUCAGUGUCAAUGGCUGCUUAAGUCUGGAGGAAUUUGCAGUGUCAUUAGAUUUAAUUAAAAUAUUGAAUGUGAGCAAUGCACCAGUAAGGCGAAUGGGAAAACUCAAGAGCCUCAAUUUAGAGGAGUUUCCAAGAUCCCUUCGUCGUUGGUUGGAACUUGUCAAGACUACGGUGAGCCACCACCUCAAACAUUCGUACGUGCUAAAGUUAGAUCAAUACGAUGGGACAACGUUGCCUGAAUUCAUUAAGAAUUCCGAAAACUUGAGAAUUUUGUCCGUGGAGAAUUGUGACUUGUUGAUGCAUCUUCAAAAGCUUCCAUCCAGCAUCGGUUACUUAGGUGUCAUUAACUGCACUUCACUGGUGUCAGUGUCAGACUUAGUCAAUUUGGCAAAUGUGAUGCGGGGAAGUACCAGAUUCAUUACAUUCAAGAACUGCUUGAAAUUGGAUGAACAUUCAUGCAGACUUAUAAUGAAGAGCGUAAAGUUAAUAAUGGUGUGUUCUGCAUUUGACAACCUGGUGAGAAAAUCCUGUGACGUCCGCGACUACAGUUAUAACAGUGUUGAGCUUUGUUUGCCAGGAAGAAAGGUCCCACAAGAGAUUAAAUAUCGGAGCACCGAGUCCUUCAUUACCAUUGACCUUCCCAAACUUUCCAACUUGAGGGGCUUCAUUUACUCUGUUGUUCUUUCUCCAUCUGGUGAAAUGAAGAAGCAUGACACCAAGAUUAUAUGUAAACGCCACUUGAGACAAAAUACGAGGGAAUCAUGGGUAUAUAGUGAUAUCGAGGGCUUGAACACCGAUCAUGUUUAUAUAUGGUAUGAUCCAUUCCACAGUGAUGGCAUUCUCAAAUAUAAUGAGCCAAGUGUUUCUUUUGAGUUCUGUGUUAGAAAUGAUAAGGGGGAAGUUGAUGGCUCUAUGUUUAUUAAAGAGUGUGGUGUUGGCCUUAUAAGUGUUUCAGAACUGCCGAGUGUUUUAGAAGAGUUGGACUGGCACUCGGAUAAGAAGAAGGACUUAGUGAAUAGAGUGGAGUUGAUUACAGGACAAAGGAUAACCUUAACAUCAAUUGAACAAUCCGAUGAGAGGAAAAACCAUUUUUCUGCUUUGGAAGAGAUUAUCAAUUCUACUCACAAGGAAGCCAAAACUGAUUCUGGCACAGAUUAUGGGCAGAAUACUACAAAAUCUACUGAUGCGUUUGUGCAGGUCAAAUAUGAAGGAAAUAGAGAAACGUCAAUCAAACAAGAUGCAACAUUGCCUGAAACUGUUGAAUCGGAGUUAGACAAAGAACAUGAAUCUAAAGAAAAGUCAAAGUCAGACUCAGAGAUUGUUAAACCAGUUUCAGCUGAAAAUGGUAAAUCUACUCACAAGGAAACCAAAACUAAUUCUGGAACAAGUGUGGUCAAAUACAAAGGUAAUAAAGAAGUGCCAAAAUCAGAUGCAACAUUGCAUGAGACCAUGGAGUCACAUUCAGACAAUGAAAAUCAGUUUAGAGAAAAGUCAGUCACACAAUCAGAGGUAGUAGAGAUGAUUGAGCUAGAGAACACUGAAUCUACUUGCAAGGAAACCCUGAGCAUUGCUGGAAGAGGUCCCAAAGAAAAAUCUAGAGAGUCUACAAAAAUUGUGGCCGAUGAACAUUUACAGAGCACAUCUCUUCAAGCCUCUUCCCAGGGGGGCUCUGAGCACUUGCAUGAUAGGUUAGAAGAAUCGAAUAAGCAAGUUGUACAAACUUAUGAUACAGAGAAAUUUGUUACUAAAUACUCGUACUUUGACCUUGAGAGUUGCCUCCAACAGUUGCAUGAAAAUCCAUUUGCAAUCCUUGACUUACUCUCUAAUGAGCUAUCCCCUCCUCUGAAACAAUCAGAAACUUGUGUUCAAAAGGUAGCUCAAGCAAAUGAUGCUACAACCGUCCUCGAUGAAUUCCGAACCUUAGUGUUCUCAACUUCAUUGCUAGACAAACUUCCAGACCAAUCCUAUCGGCAACAAAUUGAAGAAUCACUACGAAAACUUCACGCUUAUCGUAGAGAAAUUACGAAAGAGCAAGAAGGUGUAGACAAAUUUAUCGAGCUAUACGAUAAAGCUGCCAACAUUUCUCAAGAAAAGAUGCUAACCGAGGAUAAACAAAUAAAACUGGCAUCUAAGAAGAGAGACUUGUAUAACAAACUUCAAGAUUCUAAACUGAAAGUUCAACAGUUUGACACUGCCAUCUCAACUAGUAAGUCUGAGAUUGAAAACCUCCAAAAGAGACAGAGAGAAAUCCAGGGAGCUAUAAAUAAGCUUCAACAAGAAAAUGAAGCCUUGGAAAAGGAGAGGUCAGCACAAGAGGUUUUAUACUCAGAAAAACAAACCAAGAAGGACGAAACACUUGAAUUGGUGAAGUAUAUGUCGACUUCUGUUGUUUACACAAUCAAACAAUUAGAAGAACUUGAAGAGAAAAGAUUGAGUUUGGCUUUAGCUUACGAAGACCUCAAAGAGCCAUAUGGAAUAAUGAAGACAAAGCCCCCAUUUUAGAUUUUUUCCUGAGGUUUUUCUUUUGAUGUAAUUUUUAUUUGAAUCAUUCCACAGGUAAGUUCCUGGCUGUAAAUAAGUGGGUUGGGUUGAAGAGGAUAGAUAUUUGUUGAAAGUGAAAUUUGUAUGGAUGAUGUAAGAGAUUUUAAUUAGUAUUUAAUUUCAGGUUUUAUGUAUUUUGUACGGAUUGAUUCAAAAUAUUAUAGCUGUUGAUAAGUCACAAGGUUUAACUUUCAAGUGUAUAUAAAUAAUCUUUUUUCUUUUCCGACUAGAGGUCCUGACACCUUUUUUACACU